AUGUCUAACGUCUACGAAGCAAUCAAACUGCUUGAUUCAAAAGAGGAAAGAAUUGCACUACGAGCCUUCUUCACUAAAGAUCCAGAAAUAGAAGCUAGAGCGGGACGCGUCCUUCUUACAUGUGAAGAAAAUAGAGAGAUAGUUGCUUAUUUCAAAAAUCUCUUAAAGCCUGAACAAGGUGAUUUUCCUAAUUUAAAUUCUCUGAAUGAUGUAGUUGAGGAAAUCGUUAGAGGUCUUGAUUUUAAAAUGGAGCAGGGUUUUAAUAAAGUACGUCGUGCUAUAGAGGAAUCGAUCUAUUCUUCAGGUACUGAUUUAACGGGAAUUGAUAAGGGUAAAACUGUUAUGGAUAAAGGAACACAUAUUGUGUUUCCGCUUGAAUGGACCACGAGUAGCAAAAGAAGUGGAAAUGGAAGGUUUACAAAUCCGCCUAACAGAAAUGCAGAUCUAAGAGAAGAAGAAGUACAACAAUACUUUAUUAACAAAUGCAAGGAACUAGAAAAAUCUCUAAAUAUAAAAAACAAGUUUAUUGUUGUGGAUAAGCAUUCUUCACCAUCAAUAGGAACUCGAAAUCCAGAUUUCCUAUUCAUUUCAAAAGGUUUACAUUUAAAUAUAUUAAAUGUUAUUGCCGUUGGACAGGCAAUAUCAUUCAGCGAAAAAGUACUCCAACUUCAGCCACGUCGAACCUUUGUAUAUGUAGUAUUAACAGAUAGUAUUGUAAUUAAUAUCUAUAUAGUGUAUAGGGUAGAUCAAAAUACCCGUUCAAAUCUAACCACCCAGUUCACGUAUCAAUACAUAAUACCUGCAUCUUUAGAGUUCAAUGGUGCUCGCAUUGCUGAUAAUACUGGGUGGAAGUUACUGGUAACAAUUAUGGAAAGCUCUCCGAACAUCUUGGGAUGGGUAAAACUAUCACUGAAAUUUGGCAAUAAUACUGUAAAUCUGUUUCGAUCCAUUGGUGUUAGUAGAACUAGUGUUGUUUAUAAAGGAAAACAUAAUGAUGCACUCGUAGCUGUAAAAGUUGCGAAAAAGGCAAAUUAUCUUCCUUGUUUUGAAAGUGAAUAUACCGCAUUGAAUGAUCUGUCAAGUCUUAAUUCCCUUCAUAUUCUAAAAAUCCUUUUUAACAGUAUGGAUGCUCUUAUUAUAUCUCAAGUUGGUGAGAGAAUUGGUAAUUUGCGAAAAAAUGAUAUUAAAGAUAUCAUCAGCACACUCGAAAAAGUACAUUCACUUAAUUAUGUACAUAGAGAUCUUCCGUUGGAGUGUAUGCUAGAUAGCAUCUUGCAAUCAAUAGUCAAUGAUGAUGAUGAUAUUAUUUAUGGACCAAGAGUUGAUUUGACAUGUUUGGUGCGUUCAUUCUAUUUAAUGCUUCAUAGACCAUCAUUAGAUAGAAUUUCUUUCGAUAAAGGGGAUGAUAUCAAGAGUCGAGCACAGAUGAUGCUAAAUUUCUGGAUGGGUUGUGGACGUUCGAAU